UAAAGACCCUGUGCGGACAGUAAUGACAGCACGUUUCCGAUUGCCUGCUGGCAGAACCUACAAUGUACGAGCAUCUGAGCUGGCACGAGACAGGCAGCAUACGGAGGUGGUCUGCAACAUUCUUCUCCUGGAUAACACUGUACAAGCUUUCAGAGUUAAUAAACAUGAUCAGGGACAAGUUCUAUUGGAUGUAGUCUUCAAGCAUCUCGAUUUGACAGAGAGAGAUUACUUUGGUUUACAGUUGGCUGAUGAAUCUACUGACAACCCUAGGUGGUUGGAUCCAAACAAACCUAUCAGGAAACAAUUAAAAAGAGGGUCUCCUCACAGUUUGAACUUCAGAGUUAAGUUUUUUGUAAGUGACCCAAACAAGCUCCAAGAAGAAUACACAAGGUACCAGUAUUUUUUACAAAUUAAACAGGACAUUCUUACGGGAAGAUUGCCCUGUCCUUAUAAUACUGCUGCUCUUCUGGCUUCCUAUGCUGUUCAAUCCGAGCUGGGAGACUACAACCAUUCAGAAAACUUGCCAGGCUACCUCUCAGACUAUUCUUUCAUCCCUAGCCAGCCUCAAGACUUUGAAAAAGAAAUAGCAAAAUUACAUCAGCAGCACAUAGGGUUGUCUCCUGCAGAAGCAGAGUUCAAUUAUCUCAAUACAGCACGUACCUUAGAACUUUAUGGAGUCGAAUUGCACUAUGCAAGGGAUCAGAGUAACAAUGAAAUAAUGAUUGGAGUCAUGUCAGGUGGAAUACUAAUUUUUAAGAACAGAGUGCGAAUUAACACCUUUCAGUGGUAAGGACAGCUGUUUAAGCUAAUGUUUUUGUUUG